GCAUAGUAGAAUUCAUUCAUUUCCAGCCCACUCCACCUGUCGACGGUCGAGCAGACUUUUCGUCUUCCAGAUCUCGGCAAUCUCGAUCCCUCGCCGCGCCAUGGCUGCUGCCUCCUCCCCAACCUCCCCGCCCCCGCCGCCGGCGACCGACGUCGCCGCUCCAGGCCUCCCCGAUCUCUCGAUCCCCUACGACCUGGCCACUCGCGGGCAGUGGCAGGCGCUCUUCUCCCACCUCUCCCACCCGGCCCACACGCCGCAUCCGCACCACCGCCUCCUCCUCUCCGCUCUCUCCGCCCUCUCCCUGGCCAAGCUCCGACGCUUCCCCGACGCCGCCGCGCUGCUCGCCUCCCUCCACCCGGACCCGGCCUGCCCGCCGCCGCCCUUCCUCAUCCGCCUCCUCCAUGCCCUCCUCCCACUCUUCCUCCCCGACCGCCCCCUCGCGCUCGACCGCCUCUACACGCUCCUCUCCUCCGUCCGCGCCCGCCCCGACGCCGGGCACCCCGAGUGGCGCCGCCGCGACGCGCUCGUCGCGUCCGUCCUCGCCGCCGACCACCUCUCCCACCGCGAGUUCGACGUGGCGCUCGCGCUCCUCGCCGACAUCGCCGCCCGCGAGCCGGGCAACCCGGUGCUCCUCUCGCGCCUCGCCUACGCGCACCUCCAGAUCGGCAACCUCGGCGCGGCCUCAGCCGCGUUCCGCCACGUGGAGUCCGUGGCCGCCGCGUCCGAGGACCCCACGCGGCAUGCCAACCUCCUAGCCCGCAACCGCGCGCUGGAGUGCAUCGUGGCCAAGGACUACGCGGCGGCGGUGCGGGAGUACGAGCGCUGCAUCGAGGCGGACCCCGCGGAUGCCGUGGCGCUCAACAACAAGGCGCUGUGCCUCAUGUACUCGCGGGACCUCGGCGACGCCAUCAAGGUGCUGGAGGGCGCGCUCGAGAGGGUUCCCACGGCGGCGCUGAACGAGACGGUGGUGGUCAACCUGUGCAGCAUGUACGAGCUCGCCUUCGUCAACCACGGCGAGGUCAAGAGGAGCCUUGCUGAGUGGAUCGCCAGGGUUGCGCCCGACGACUUCGACACCUCCUGCACGCGCAUGUAGGAGGGAUAGUAGCGAACUAUAUGGACCUGCCAGAAUGCCAGAUUAGCGAGAGGCAGGUAAGGUUCCCAUGCCAUGGCAAUAGUCGAGAGGUUGACAUCUUUGGCAGGCCUGGCUAAAUGUUUACUAGGAGCACAAGCAUACUCGAGUGAGACGAGGUCCGAGAUCAGGAAGUGAAAGAAGCAUACUCGAGUGAGACGAGGUCGGAGAUCACGAACCGAAAGAACCCAUGCUCAAGCCUUUUCGCCGCUUUGAAAAGCCAUAGCUGAAAGUAUUGUUUGUUGAUUUGUUAUGAAAGAAAAACAUUGUUGACUGAUAAAAAAAGUACGACUUAUAAGAUAAGUGAAUGAGCUUUUAUAAUUAA